CACCAGUCUGAGUCCUUGAGCCUCUGCAGCCUCAGAAGAGGGAGUCAUUAGCUGAAAUCUCCAGGAACCGGGGGUCCCAGAAGGCUUCUCAGGAUGGAUGUUACCCGCCUACUCCUGGCCACCCUAGUGGGCUUCCUGUGCUUCCUCACCGUCUACAGCCACCUGGUACUCGAGGAGACACUUGGAGAGGACAGGAGUCUGAAGAGUAACUCUUCCAUGAACUCAUUGGAUUUCUCCUCUGUUUCUAUUGUGGCACUGAACAAGAAAUCCAAGAAGAUCAGCAGAAAAGAAGCCGAGAAGCGGAAGAGAUCUUCCAAGAAAAAGGCUUCGAUGAAGAAGGUGGCACGGCCCCCGCCACCUACGCCCUGCGUGGCCACCCGCGACAGCUGCAAGCCGCCUGCGCCCGCCUGCUGCGACCCGUGCGCCUCCUGCCAGUGCCGUUUCUUCGGCAGCGCCUGCGCCUGCCGCGUACUCAACCCCAACUGUUGACGCGCCUUCUGCGCUGCGCGCGCAGCUUCUGGAACGGGUGAUUGGGCGGGACUUCAGGGUCCGGCGCUUCUAGGCUGAGGGGCGGGUCUCUGCGGGUGGGGUUUAUGGGUGGGCGUGGCCAGUGUUGGUGAGUUGUGGGCGCUUUCAGAAAACGGGUUUUCUAGGAAACCUAGUGGAGGCUAAAAUCAGAAUACAGUAUUUUUAGGCUGCC